AGCAUGCGCGCCGACUCCCACACUUUCUCCGCUCUAGGCGCCCAGGCUCUAAGAUAGAGCGACGACCAUCAACAGCGGAGGCAGACGGUCGGCCUGCCGUCCGCUUCGGCAUUGUCAGGCCCGAGGCCGGAGCAUGUAGCCCCCAGGCGAACUUCGCCCCUCAACGGCCCGCCGCUCGCGCAGCUCUGCAGAGAGAGCGUGGCGGCGGGGUUAGUACCAUUGGUCCGUCGCAGCCCUCUGCCCGCCCCCUCGCCACGCUUAUUGGCCGAAGUGGCGGCGCCCGCCGGGUAGGCGGUGGCGGCGUCCCUCUCUCGCGCCUGCCCUCAAGAGGGCGACGAGGAAGCGGCCGCCUCCCUGCGCCCCGCCCCUUCGGCUAGCUUGCUGGCUCCCGGCUCCUCCCGACGUCUCCCAGCUCCUCACGGCUCUUCCCGGCGCUCUCCUGGCUCCCUCCUGCUCCGGCUCCGGCUCCGGCUCGGCGGCGGCGGGCAGUUGCAGUGGUGCAGAAUGGCUGACCUCAGUCUUGCAGAUGCAUUAACAGAACCAUCUCCAGAAAUUGAGGGAGAGAUAAAGCGGGACUUCAUUGCCACACUAGAGGCAGAGGCCUUUGAUGAUGUUGUGGGAGAAACUGUUGGAAAAACAGACUAUAUUCCUCUCCUGGAUGUUGAUGAGAAAACCGAGAACUCAGAGUCAAAGAAGAAACCAUGCUCAGAUACUAGCCAGGUCGAAGAUACUCCAUCUUCUAAACCAACACUGCUAGCCAAUGGUGGUCAUGGAAUAGAAGGGAGUGAUACUACAGGGUCUCCAACUGAAUUCCUUGAAGAGAAAAUGGCCUACCAGGAAUACCCAAACAGCCAGAACUGGCCAGAAGAUACCAACUUUUGUUUCCAACCUGAGCAAGUGGUCAAUCCUAUCCAGACUGAUCCCUUUAAGAUGUACCGUGAUGAUGGCCUGACAGAUUUGGUCUUUAUCUCCAGUGGAACAGGCAAUUCUUCAAUAUUUACAGGACAAAGUGAUCCCUUGAAAGACAGCUAUGGUAUGUCUCCCUGCAACACAGCUGUUGUACCUCAGGAGUGGUCUGUGGAAGCCUUAAACUCUCCACACUCACAGUCCUUUGUUUCCCCAGAGGCCAGUGCAGAACCUCCUCAGCCAACAGCAGAGCUAGCCAAGGAAAUAGAAAUGGCAUCAGAAGAAGAGAGGCCACCAGCACAAGCACUGGAAAUAAUGAUGGGACUGAAUACUACGGAUAUGGCACCAUCUAAAGAAACAGAUAUAGCUGUCACCAAGGACAUGGCACAAGAAGUGGCAUUGGCUAAAGAUAUGGAACCACCCACCAAAUUAGAUGUGACUCUGGCCAGGGACACACAGCCAUCCAUGGAAUCAGAUAUGGCCCCAGUCAAGGACAUGGAACUACCCAUAGAAACAGAAGUGACCCCAGUUAAGGAUGUCGGAUGGCCCACAGAAACAGAUAUGUCUUUGGCCAAGCAUGUGGUACUUCCCACAGAAACAGGGAUAGCCCCAGCCAAGAAUGUGACACUGUUCAAAGAAACAGAGAGGGCACCUCCUAUAAAAAUGGACUUGGCUUCUUCCAAGGACAUGGAACCACCGAAAGAAAAUGAGAUAGCCCCAGCCAAGGGUUUGGCGUUACCCUCAGAAAUAGAGGUGGCACAGGCUAAAGACAUUAUAUCAUCCUCAGAAACAUCCUCCACUGAGAAAGUGGCUUUGUCCUCCGAAACAGAGGUAGCCCUGGCUAUCGACAUGGCACAGCCCCCAGAAACCAAUGUGUUCUUGACCAAGGAUAAAGCACUGCCUUUAGAAGCAGAGGUGGCCCCAGUCAAGGACAUGGCUCAACUCCCAGAAACAGAAGUGGCCCUGGGCAAGCAUGUGGCUCCGUCCACAGAAAAAGAAGUGGCCUCGUUGAAGAAGGACCUGUCUCCACUGUCAGAAACAGAAAUGGCUCUGGGCAAGGAUGUGACUCCACCUCCAGAAACAGAAGUAGUUCUCAUGAAGAACGUAUGUCUGCCUCCAGAAACAGAGGUGGUCCUGACUAAGGACCAGGUCCCAGCACCCAAAACAGAAGCAGCCCUGGCUAAGGAUGGGGUUCUGACCCCGGCCAACAAUGUGACUCCAGCCAAAGAUGUUACACCACUCUCAGAAACAGAGGCAACAUCAGUUCCAAUUAAAGACAUGGAAAUUGCACAAACACAAAAAGGAAUAAGUGAGGAUUCCCUUUUAGAAUCUCUGCAGGAUUCGGGGCAGUCAGCUGCACCUACUUUGAUGAUUUCACCAGAACCCGUCACAGAUAUGGGGGAAAAGUGCAGCUUGCCAGCCAAUGAAGACUCUGUGUUAGAAAAAUUAGAGGAAAAGAAACCAUGCAACAGUCAACCUUCUGAGCUUUCUUCAGAGAUCUCAGCCAACUUCAUGUUUUCCGGUACCCCUCCCACACAAGCCAAACAAGCUUGCAGACCCAGUGACCACAGGUCAGCCCGGCCCAAGCCUGCCAGGGUCCCUCCUGAGCUGCUGGGAGGCCCUCCUCCAUGGAAGACUCUUGAUCACAGGCUGGGCCACUGCUCUUUGUCUGAGUCAGGUUGGGUCUCUAGUUCAUCCUCCUGUGGUGAACCUAGGAACCAAAGGAAAAGUAUUCAUGUUGACUCACUUGAACCCCAGAGGGAUCUUGGCAGGGAGUCCUGGGAUAUAGAAAGCACACCAAUGAUGAUGAAGAAAAAGAAGAAGAAACCAAAACAAAAGAGAUACUCUCAACCCCGGGCUGGAGGACCUUGGAAUGAUGACAAUGCAGAUAAGCCUAAAGGUCAUCCCUUUCCAGCUGACACACAAAAAGCAGGUGUUCUUCCCAGCCAACCUACCACUAUGAGUACAGAAUAUGGACUUGUAUCUGGAGAAAACUUGAAAAGGGAAUGUGUAGUUGACUCUAGUGCAGCCAGACUGGUAGCUGAGAACUUUGUCUCAGACAGCCUCAGAAUUCCUUUAUGUCCUUCAGAAGAACCCCCAGAAACUGCAGUAAGUUCUCAGUCCACACUGAGAGAAGAUGAAGAGAGCAAAGGUAACAAGUCAGUACCACAAAGCCAAGACAAGAAAUUGCUGAAGCAACAUGAAUACAAACCACAGCCUGCACCCGACCUGAAGAUUCCUGUAGAUAAAAGCCAGUUAGUAGGCCCUCUAAAUCUGAAAGGGCCCCUAGCAGAAGUUUCAGCAUACAAUGUAGAAACUCAUUUGGAUAGCACACUCAAAGAGAGUUGCUGUCCUCUCUUGGACCAAGAGGUUAUGGGUAUAGUUUUAAAACCCACAGCAGCAAAAGAACUACCAAAUUUGAUAGCAAGUAAUCUAUUAGAAUGUAAUCUAAAAGAAGGGAAUAGUGAAAGCAAAAUGACUAAACUGCAGAAUGUCAAACAGAAAGAGUUUCCUGAAGGAGCUGGAGAGGAUAAAGAACUAAAAAAGGAAGCUUUUCCCAAGCAAAGACAAGAGAUUAGCAUCUUUACUUCUGAGCAGCUGCAGGGCCAAGUGAUGGUACAGGUCCCUGGGCUAGAGAAUGAACCAUUUAAGAGAAUGGCAGGUGAUGGCAAAAGCAGGAAGGGAAGGGGAAGUUCUGGGAAAAUGAGAACAGAUUCUGGGAAGGUAAAAGCAAAAUCUGAGCUGCCGUUUCUUCUGGACAGCCAGAAGGAAGGAAGGGCUGUCCUCAUACAGAGUGAGCCAGUCCCUAAAACUGAAGGAAUGGCUACUCAGGAUAAGAGUGAGGAGCUGGGGCUGAAUUAUUCAAAGCAACCAGGCACUAUGAGUGAUCUCAUGGAGGCAGCAGUGAUAGGGGAGCCUAAAGAAACUACUCAGCUUAAGGUGGCAGACACCCUGCAGGCAUUGAUUCCCUUGGAAAGUAAAUCAGACAUGACUCAGACUUCUGGUGUUAGGACAGAAACAGGAGAUGGAGUCAAAGAUAUGAGUGUCAGUAACCAGAGCAAGGAAGGAAAAUGUCCUUGGAAGGAUCAUGAGACAGCUCCCUGGAUUUCUGAAAAGCCUAAAAAGAGAGGCAAUGAAGGCAAAAGCAGAAAGUUUCGAAAUAAUUAUUCCACACAGCCUGCUAAAAUGGAGAGGAAGGAAGAAAUCCUCAACCCACCUUUUGAAGGAAAGGACGGAGUUGCUGGUAGUAUUCCCCAUAAAAGCGAGGAAUUAGGACUUACUUUCCCCAAAACACAUGAUUUGUUGUUCUUACAUAUAGCAGGUACACCCACAGUCAAAGCAGUUGACAGAAAGUGUGGAAAUGUUGAGGUUAAUUUUGUUGAGCUUGGGACUCUUGAGGAAAGCAAAACAAGUACAGUCAAGGCUUCUGCUGUUACUGAACCAGCUGCCAAGGUGACAGAUGUGAACUGCCAAGAGCAAAUCCAGGGAGCAGGAUUUGUUCCUUCAGUACUAUCUGAGGAGAAUGAGACAGAUGCAGCCAAUAGACACACUGCAGUAGCUGACAAACCAAGUAAAAGGAGUAAUGAUGGAAAAAGUAAAAAGGUUAAAAAUAGUUCUCCUGAGAAACACAUUCUGGAGAAUAAGAUAGAUGCAACAAAAAUACAUGUUCCCAUGGAAACCACAGGGGACCAGGGAAUGGAAGGAAUGGCCUAUAUGGACGAAAAUAGAAAUAUUACAUUUACCUGUCCCAGAACACCAUCAGAGCUGAUGAAUAAGUCAUUUCCUCUAGAGGUUCUGAAAUCAGCAGCCUGUGAAAAACUGCCCACUCCUACUUCUCAAGUAGUAAAGGAAAGUGAUUCCUUUCCAGAUACCUUGGCAAAAAAUGGGCAAGAGAUAACCCCAGCCCAGAUUUCUAAAUCAUUAGUAGUAGAUAACUAUACCAAAGAUGGAGUCCCAGGUCAAGAAAGACCCAAGCCUCCCUCUGCUGUUGUGCCCUCUACAAGCACAGGAGGAGUUGCUCUGCCUAUUACAGCAGCCAUAGAAACAGUUAACAGUCAUGGAGAUAACUCUCUUAAGAAUAAAGGUGAGCUUGCUGAUUCCAUGAAAAAUGAAGCAGGGAUCGAUGAAGGGCAUGUGGUAGGAGAAUAUGAGUCAGUGCACAAUGGUGCAUCUAAGCAUUCAGUAGAGAAAGUCACAGCACUAGCAAAACGUCACUUCCUUCCUGGAGUGCCAGUAGAAGAUCAGAGCCUACCAAGAGAGGUCGGAGCCCUAGAAGCAUAUGCAGAUAGAGGUAAUUUCCCAGCACAUUUAGUGAACGAAGAGAAAGAGACUAAAGAAGGGUCUGCCCCAGUUCAACUUCCUGACUUACUAGAAGACAAAGCACAAAAGCUCAGUUUUUGUGAGGACCAAAAUGCUCAAGAUAGAAAUUCCAAGGGUACAGAUAGUUUGAAUAAGCAGGUAAAUCUGACUCUUUUGUCUCCAAAAAGUGAAAAUGAUAAAUUGAAAGGGAUUAGUCUGACUUGUAAAAUCAUGGAAUUGGAAAGUGUUUCCUUGCCAACACCAGAAAUCAGGUCAGAUUUCUUACAUAGCAAAGCCGAAGCUCCUCCUUCAGAUGUGGCGGAUAAGUUAGUAAUAAUGACUGCUUCCAAGGGUGUUCGACUCCCAGAACCCAAAGAUAAGAUCUCAGAGACACCUCAGAAAAUGACAGAAAAAUCUGAAUCAAAGACACUGGGAGAAGGGAAAAAGGAAGAUAAAAGCAGAAUGACAGAACCAAUGAAAGGCUACAUGAGACCCACCAAGUCCCGUGGACUUACUCCACUUUUGCCAAAGUCUACAAUCCAGGAACAAGAGAGAUAUAAGCAACUGAAGUCCACUGGAGUAGCCAGGCCAGAAGAAGGAAGGCCUGCUGUGAGUGGGGCUGGAAAUGACAUCACCACCCCACCAAACAAGGAGCUCCCACCAAGCCCAGAGAAGAAAACAAAGCCUUUGGCGUCCACUCAGCCUGCAAAGACUUCAACAUCGAAAGCCAAAACACAGCCCACUUUUCUCCCUAAGCAGCCAGCUCCCACCACCACUGGUGGGUUGAAUAAAAAACCCAUGAGCCUUGCUUCAGGCUUAGUACCAGCUGCCCCACCCAAACGCCCUGCUGUCGCCUCUGCCAGGCCUUCCAUCUUAUCUUCAAAAGACGUGAAGCCAAAGCCCAUUGCAGAAGCAAAGGCUCCUGAGAAGCGGGCCUCACCAUCCAAGCCAGCUUCUGCCCCAGCCUCCAGAUCUGGAUCCAAGAGCACUCAGACUGUUCCAAAAGCCACAACAGCUGCCGCUGUUGCCUCAACUGGGCCAAGCAGUAGGAGCCCCUCCACGCUCCUUCCCAAGAAGCCCACUACCAUUAAGACUGAGGGAAAACCUGCAGAAGUCAAGAAGAUGACUGCAAAGUCUGUUCCAGCUGACUUGACUCGCCCCAAGAGCACCUCCACCAGUUCCAUGAAGAAAACCACCACUCUUGGUGGGACAGCCCCUGCUGCAGGGGUGGCUCCCACCCGAGUAAAGCCCACACCUGUGCCAUCUCGGCCCUCCACAACUCCUUCCAUAGACAAGAAGCCCACCUCGGCCAAGCCCAGCUCCACCACCCCCAGACUCAGCCGCCUGGCCACCAAUGCUUCUGCUCCUGAUCUGAAGAAUGUCCGCUCCAAGGUUGGCUCCACGGAAAACAUCAAGCAUCAGCCUGGAGGAGGCCGGGUUCAGAUUCAGAACAAGAAAGUGGACAUCUCUAAGGUCUCCUCCAAGUGUGGGUCUAAGGCUAACAUCAAGCACAAGCCUGGUGGAGGAGAUGUCAAGAUUGAAAGUCAGAAAUUGAACUUCAAGGAGAAGGCCCAGGCCAAGGUGGGAUCCCUCGAUAAUGUGGGCCACCUACCUGCCGGAGGUGCCGUGAAGACUGAGGGCGGUGGCAGCGAGGCUCCUCUGUGUCCGGGCCCCCCUGCUGGGGAGGAGCCGGCCAUCUCUGAGGCAGCACCUGAAGCUGGCGCCCCCACUUCAGCCAGUGGCCUCAGUGGCCACCCCACCCUGUCAGGGGGUGGUGACCAAAGGGAGGCCCAGACCUUGGACAGCCAGAUCCAGGAGACAAAUUGAGACCUACAGGCUGACGUUCCGGGCAAACGCCAGGGCCCGCACCGACCACGGGGCCGACAUUGUCUCCCGCCCCCCACACUUCCCUGGUGGCCCCAACUCAGGCUCUCGGGUCCUUGGCCCCCUUUCCCGGGCUGUCCACUAGAUCAGUGAGCGCUUAGGUGCCAGGCAGCCAGCGCCAGGCAGCCCGCUAGGCUCGCCUUCCCUCCUGCUUUGCGCCCUGGGGCAGCAGCAGCCGCCCUGCCCACACCUCUCACUCCCGGCUGGGCCCAGCUCCCUGCUUUGGUCUUGUCCCAUCACUGCGCCACUGCUCCACGGAGAGGUUGGGAGGGGAUUGGAGUGGCUGAGGCUAAGUUGGGAUCUAGGAGAGGAGAACCAGAUUCUGCCCUCAUCUUUGUUUGGUUCUUUUGGUCCAAACCCAAAAGAAACAUGCCCUCCCUCCCUGGAUCUACCUGGAGGGAAGAGUGGCGGCGGGUUCCAAGUGGUGACAGGACGCUGACCCUGGGGCUUAAGCCACUGCCUCUCCCUUUGGCCUCAAAAAGGCACCCCCCCUCCCCCGCAGGUGGUAUCAGGCCCUUCUUGCUGCCCUGCCCCAAGUUAGGGGCCAGUGCUGUCCCCAUGCUUAACAUACCCACCUAGCUGCUGUCACAUUUUUUCUUUUGUCCUUUUAUUUUUUUUUUCUAAUAACCUAAAAACUGGCAAAAUAGUUCUGCAGGUUGAAGCCAUGUCUACGUGAAAGUCCUCAGUAAGUGUUAGAGGGAACAGGGCGAGGCGAUCCUUAUGCUGCCCCCACUGGAGGAUGUGGGCAGUUAGGGCCCUGGAGGUGGCGUGGCAGGAAGUGCAGAGGCUGUGGCUGGUGACUGGGUCAGGCACACGAGGGGCUCUUAGAGCGGUGACUCGUUGGUUGUUUUGCCAUUUUGUGUGUAUGCUGCUUUUCUUUUCUAACCAUGAGGCUGAUUUUGGCAUCUCUGUCCCAUUCCCUGGAUCUGGUGGUGGUCAGCCCUAGGAUACAAAGCCAGGGCUAGAGAACAGGAAAGGGCCCAGGAGAUGGAAUUCCUUCAGGCCGGCACGCGCAGCCUAGGACACGCAAGCCCUCAUGUCCAGGGGAGCCUCAUGCAGAUAGUGGGAAAUCAGGUCUGGAAAUGCAAAAAGGCAUGAGACUAAGGCCAUCUGCUUCCCUUAAUGCCCUGACUGGAGAGGGGAGGGAAGAGAGGCCAGGCCCGCAAAGGGCGUCCCAGCUAGGCCUUGGGAUGGCUGCAGUGAGAAAUCCCGGGAACUGUAUUGACACAAAGAUUCUUAUUGCACUUGUAUUUUUUUGUAUCAAAGUUUGCAUGGUUUCUAAUAAAGGAUUAAAACAUAAGGUUUGUAGUGAAAUGGCCUGGGAGAUUCCAAGGGCUUCUCUGGAGGGGCAUUGGCUGCAGUGCAGAUUGCCCCCUGAGGAUGCCCCAGACUUGGCCGCCUCAGGCCCCUUCCUGACCUCUGCCCUUCUCUGGUCCUGGUGUCCCUUGGAGCUGGAGAAGGUAGGGGUCUUGACUUAGGUUUGGAUUUGAUUUCCAUGUGCAGGGAGACUGUCCCUGGGCCUGACACGUCCUUCCCCUUUCUGAGGCAGCAGUGCCUUAGGGAGGUUUGACACCACGUCCCCAGCUCUCCAGGCACACACCAGGAAACUGCAGGGUCUCACGGAGGAAGUGCUGCCUGAGCCCCAGGAACCAGCUUUCCUCCUCAGAGACCAUGUGCAGAACGCUUCCGCUGUGCCUGAACACGAGGGAACCAGUGUUUUGUCAGCAGGAGGAAGGGCCUGCUGUGCUGAAACUAGAAAGGAAGCAGUAAGAGUCGGGUGGUCAGGAGACACCGCAGGGGUGACAGCACAGGCCGAGUACCUGCUGCCUCUGCUGCAUAUGUCCUGGGGUCAUGAGGAUGCUGAGGUUGAUGACAGGCUCCAGGUCCUUUCACUCCUUUGACCAAGAGUUAGGGGGAAGGAGGUGGCCCAAGUGGAGUGUUCUCUAGGUGGGCUGCAGGAGUGGUCACGAGUUCUGAGAGGUCAUCUGGUCAUAGCUCCCUCAAAGGAUCCUGCACGCCAGAGCACCCGAGAAGGCCGGGAGCAGAAGCCCUGUGUGAUGUGUACUCCACAGCUGUUUGGGGUGGGAUGUUUCUGUACUUCCCAAUUUGCUUAUGGCUCAGCCAUUAUCUGUGUCGGUCUGUGAUUCUGUGUAACAGUUUUAAGAGUAAAUAAAGCUGCCUGAUGUCCCACCA